AUGGAAAUGGAGUACCGGGUCCAAAGUUCUUCUAAAUUGCUGCCAAGUGUUAUUUCGACUUUGAUGCGAGUAAUGGAAUCAAAUCCGUAUGCAAAGUUUUUCCAUUCAUUAAAAGACCAGCAUAUUAUUGACAUCAGUCGGAUAGUGAUUCGUUCAGACCCCAACCAUGAUCAGCGUACUCAUAACGCCCCAGUUGCAUCCCAAGUAGCCGCUAUUUGGGUUGAAGAUGGUGGUUCGUCACAACCACUGACUCAUGAUAUUAUCGUACGACCACAUUCAGGUUCAAGUCAACGUUUCCAGUGGUCGUCAACAUCGACAGAGAUUUCAACAUUUCCUAUCAAUGAAGUCUUAGUCCAAACUAUUGAUGAUUUAGUUGAAGCUGAAGAACAAGUUGCUCAAUCUUCUUCAUCGAAUAGAAAGGUUUCUUGUAGAGAAUAUUAUUGCUAUCAAUUCCAAAUCCGAAUUGGACAAACGUCACUUUUGCUUCGUUGUGGACGACUUCUUCAACAAUUUAUUGUUGACAUGUACAUUAAAAUUGAGAUGACCCGUCUUGAUUUUAUAAGGUGCAAUCAAGAUACUAUUCGUGCUGAACUCUAUCAAGGAAUAAUUGAUAGUUUACAUCUUGGAGAAACCGAAGGGUCCAAUAUUGGACGCCCUUUUAUUCUCCCUCCAUCUUUCAUAGGUGGUCCACGAGACAUGCGUCGUAGAUAUCUUGAUGCAAUGGCUUUAGUGAGACGUUAUGGAAAACCAGACUUCUUUAUUACGAUGACGUGCAAUCCUCAGUGGCCAGAAAUUAAAAGAGAAUUGCUCCCCCAUGAAGAAGUACAAAAUAGACCAGAUCUUAUAUCCCGAGUCUUCAGAGCGAAAUUGACGAAGUUGAAAAAAGAUAUUGUUGAGGGAAAAUUGUUUGGUAACGUUGCGACAUUUGUAUAUGUAGUUGAAUUUCAAAAACGAGGAUUACCACAUGCUCAUUUUCUUAUCAUAUUGGAUUCGAAAAGUAAAAUUCGAAGUAUGGAUCAAUAUGAUGCUUAUGUAUGCGCUGAAAUUCCUGAUAGAUCAUUGAAUCCUCAUAUUCAUGAAGCUGUUUUGAAACAUAUGAUGCAUGGUCCUUGUGGCAGAGAUAAUCCGAAAAAUGUUUGUAUGAGAGAUGAUAGUUGCAAGAAUAAGUAUCCUCGUAACUUUGCGGAGAUAACAACUAAUCGUCGCAAUUCCUUUCCUAUUUAUCGGCGUCGUGAUGAUGGCAGACAAGCUCGGAUACGUGGAGUACUAUUGGAUAAUCGAUGGGUAAUCCCUUAUAAUCCGUUUUUGUUAGCCAAAUAUGAUCGCCAUAUAAAUGUGGAAAUUUGUUCGACAAUAAAGGCUGUCAAGUAUUUAUAUAAAUAUAUUUAUAAAGGACAUGAUCGUGUAUUGUUUGCUGUUACCAAUGCAACAAAUACAAAUCGUGCUGAUGAAAUUAGUGCAUAUCAAUCUGCAAGAUGGAUAUCACCUCCGGAAGCUGCUUGGCGGAUUUUCAGAUUUCUUCUCAAUGAUAUAUAUCCAAACAUCGUUGCCCUACAAAUACAUCUUCCAAGUAUGCAAACCGUGACAUACAGAUCAGAAGAACGUCUGGAAGAUAUAGCUGAGAAUAACAGUAGAAGAAGAACCAUGUUGACUGCUUUCUUUGAAAGAAAUCGAACGGAUCGAAAUUCUCGACUUCUACUAUACGAACAAUUUCCGGAGCAUUAUGUUUGGAAUCCGAAGAAAAAUGAGCGAUUUUGGAGUCCUCGUCAAAGAGGGUUUGCCAUAGGACGAGUAAUAUAUGCGAAUCCUGUCGAAGGAGAACGAUACUAUUUGCGCCUGUUACUCACUCACAUCAGGGGGCCUCAAUCAUUUGAAGAUUUGCUUAUUGUUAAUACAACCAAAUGUUCAACAUUUCGUGAAGCAGCAUAUCGACGCGACUUCUUGAAGCUGAUGAUUCCAUAG